AUGCAGCAAAACCUUCCUGGAGAGGCUGGGAUGGCACAGCGGCCGCCGCCCAUGAUGAGCGCCUAUGCUGGUGGUCCCCCAAUGCACACACCGACGUAUGUGCCACAAGCUCAACCACUUCCGCCAAUGGGAAUGCCUCAAAACGUCCAUCCACAAGGCAUGCCAAAUGUCUAUGCACCACAGCCCUAUGGCAUGGGUUAUGGGAUGGUGCCAAGGCCUCCUGGCCCAGUGCAUGCUGUCCUUCCUCAACCCCGGCCAACGCCAGGAGCCCCACCGCCAAGAAUGCCGGGCAUCCCUCCACCUGCUCCUCCAGGUGCAGUCCCACUCCUUGGGGCAAUUGCGCCUGUGUCUCGCCCUCUGGGGCAACCCCCUGGCGUCAUUCAGGCACCCCCUGUGCGAUCGCCUGGAAUGCCACCGGGUCUGGCACCAGCUCCGGCACCAGUCCAAGUCCCAGCCAGGCCCCAUGGCGGGGCGCUGUUCCCAAUUGCACCCACACCUACGCCCCCAGCCCCUGCUCAACCACCGUCCGCAUCUGUGGCUGCUGAGGCACAAUCUGCUCAAGCUGGGGCGACUGCUACAGGGACAGGGGAUCUGGAACUGGUUUGGAAGGAUGAGGAAUUUUCGAUGGAGGAACAGCGUGCAAAGUUGCCAAAGUAUGCUGCUUACGUUCAAAAUGGGUCGCAGGUAUCUCAAGUGCCAUGA